AUGGAUCAAGCAAUCCAACUCUAUUCUCCUCCUACUCUUCAUAUCUCUAAUUGUGUCACUGUGCAACUAACAGAGAAAAACUAUUUUCUCUGGAAAACCCAGUUUGAGUCGUUUCUCUCUGGUCAAAAUCUUCUGGGCUUUGUUAAUGGAGCUUUUCCACAACCGCUCGCCUCCAUUCCUGUUCCUGCUAUCGAUGGUCAGGUCAGCCACGUUACAAAUCCAGACUUUCUAGCUUGGCAUCAUGCUGAUCAGGUGGUACGCGCUUGGCUGCUUGGAUCUCUUUCUGAAGACAUUCUGCGAGAUGUUGUCCACACCACUACAGCUCGAGAUCUCUGGUCAGCUUUGGCUCAACACUUCAACAAGGUAUCAGAUUCUCAUCUAUUUGAACUACAACACAAGCUUCAAACCGUCGAGAAGUUAGAUAAGUCAAUGGAUGAGUAUCUAAAAGAAAUAAAGAGGGUUUGCGAGCAACUUGCCUCUAUAGGAAGUCCGGUUAGUGAACAUAUGAAGAUAUUUGCUGCUCUAAAAGGUCUUGGUAGGGAAUAUGAGCCUAUCAAAACCUCCAUAGAAGGAUCAAUGGAUGCUCAGCUUCUCUGA